GUGUGGUACAACGUGCCUGCUUCGUGUUUGGUCGUCAAACUCAAGAGCAGCACUCUCAAGUAGAUGCACCAACAUUCCCUUUUUCGGUGUCGUGUUUCAUUGUGCUUUAUUCUACAACUUUUUUUCGGUGUCGUGCUUUUCAUCUCACUGCUACAUCACUCUAUCGCUGGUGCGGAAGAUAUCCCCUUGUUCAUUUUCUUUCGUCAGGUACAGACCUCUUCCUCUUAAUAUUUUCUCGCUCUCCCGCCCCAGGAAUUAA